AUGUGUGAUAUGCAGGGAGAUUGUAGUGAAAUGCCUCCUGAAUUUAAAUGUUUGUUUGAGAAUGCUGAAAAACCUUUGUUUUCUGGGUGUGCCAAAUAUACUAAGUUAUCUGGUGUGCUUAAAUUAUAUAAUUUAAAAGCAAAGAAUGGAUGGAGUGAUAAGAGUUUCAUGGGAUUAUUAGAACUAAUAAAAGACAUGCUUCCUAAUGAUAAUGAACUUCCAAAUUCAACUUAUGAAGCAAAGAAGUUGUUUUGUCCGUUGGGUAUGAAAAUUGAGAGGAUACAUGCAUGUCCAAAUGAUUGUAUAUUGUAUUGGAAAGAAUACAAAGACUUGCAUGUAUGUCCAAAGUGUGGGUCAUCGCGUUACAAAAGGAAAAAUGUUGGUGAUGAACCAAAGAAUAAGAAAGGUCCACCAGCCAAAGUGUUAUGGUAUUUACCUGUAAUACCAAGAUUUAAACGCAUGUUUGCUAAUCCAAGGGAUGCAAAAAAUUUGCAAUGGCAUGCUAUUGGGAGAAAAGACGAUGGAAAACUAAGACACCCAGCCGAUUCACCACAAUGGAGGAAUAUUAAUAGGAGGUGGCCUGAAUUCGGUACUGAAAACAGGAGUCUUAGACUUGGAUUGUGUACUGAUGGAAUGAAUCCUCAUGGUAACAUGAGUAGUCGACACAGUACUUGGCCUAUCCUUUUAGUAGUCUACAAUCUUCCACCUUGGUUGUGUAUGAAGCGAAAACACAUCAUGUUAUCGUUGUUAAUAUCAUGGCCUAAACAACCAGGAAAUGACAUAGAUGUAUAUCUAGAGCCACUUAUUGAAGAUUUAAAAAUGUUGUGGAAUGAAGGUGUGUCGGUGUAUGAUGCUUAUACUCGAGAAAGUUUUACCUUACGUGCAAUGAUCUUUUGCACCAUAAAUGAUUUUCCAGCCUAUGGUAACCUAUCGGGUUAUACUAAUAAAGGAGCUAAGGCAUGUCCUAUUUGUGAAGAUGAAACAGCCAAUCUAUGGUUGAAUAACAGUAAACAGAAUGUGUUCAUGAGUCAUAGGGCAUUUCUUCCAAUUGAUCAUCCUUAUCGAAAGAAGAAAAAAAAUUUCAAUGGAAAAUCAGAGACUGGAGUAGCUCGUUUGCCUUUGUCUAGUUUAGCGGUUUAUGACCGUGUUAAAAAUGUUAAUGUUGCUUUCGGCAAAACGUGUAAGACUACUCAGAAGACUCUAUGGAAGAAGAGGUCUAUAUUUUGGGAUCUACCAUACUGGAAGCAUAGCUGUUAG